ACACGAAUUGUAGCUCAACUUGUUACUCUUCUCCUAACCAAAUCCUUCCUCCUGCCUUCCCCCUAGCCAAGGUGCUUGCUUGAUUGCUAGUUGCUGUUCGUCCAUUUGAACAGAUUUACUUCUCAGCUGUUCAUAGACACAUCCAGGUCCUUCGUUACCUCAUUAUUAGAGACUCUAUAGCUUCAAAACCUCUAGUCGUUCCUCACCAGCUGGAAAAUUUCUUUCACCAUGUCAGCGUCGCAGCAUCAGGAGCUCUUACUAAUGAUGCAGCACCGCCAGCGGGCUCUGGCGUCUCUCCUCUCCUCCAGCCUUCCCGGCUCCACAACCAGUAACAACGGCUUCUUAGCCGCCGGCUGGCCCGCCGCCACGAGCCAACUCCCUUUCGGUGCCGCCGCAAACGCCGGCAUGAUGAACCUCGCUGGCGCUGGCGCUAUUCCGGCAGCAGCAGGUUUCGCGGCGGGGGUGGAGCCGACGUCUCUCCCGCAGCUGCAGCUCCUCCGCGCGCUCGCUGCGUCGCAGAUCGCCAACGCCGCCGCCGCCGCUCCGCAAACUUCUCUUUCGAGCCGCGGGUCCAAGCGCAGCGCCGCCAAGGACGACAGCAAGCCGCUGCGGCCGCGCAAACGCGGCCGGCCGUCGUACAAGGACCGCGCCGCAGCGGCUCUGGCGGCAGAGGAAGCGGCGAAGGCGGCGAAGGCUGCGGCGCUGGCGGAGCGCGAGAUUCUUCUCCGCCAGAUCGCCGCGCAAAUGACGCCGCAACUGUCGCCGCAAGGCGCGAUGAUGCUUCUGCAGCAGCAGCUGGCGAUGCAACAGUUGGGGAUGUUCGGAGCCAACCAGAUCGGCGGAUUUCCCGGCGCAAUGUGCGCUGCACCCCCUGCGCUUGCACAUAUGCGUGCCGCGUGCAUGGAUGCGGGUCGACAGGGUAUGCCGGCGGCAGGUGCCGGUCUAGCGGUCGGUGCCGGCAAGAUCGCGGAUCGUGCGGCUUCUGGAGCGGCUAGCCGUCAAUUCUUCAGCUCUGACGUGGAUUUUGCCAGGCUGGACAGCUCCGCAUUGGACCAAUCACGGCUGUUCGCAGUGACGGCAGACGAAACCCUGAGGCAGCGCACGGAGGAUGUAGAUACGCAUCGGAACACCGACGGCCAUUCAGGUGACGAAAACGAGAGCGACUAUAACGGAGAUGCUUCAAGCUGGCCCCGGCGCGGUAAGAAGCAGGCGAAACGCGCUGCGAGUCCGACGCACGAAGCUUCGCCGAAGCCUCUCGCCCGCGCGGGGGGUUCAUCAGUCACGGAAGACGGUACCCAAGCAGCCGUCGCUGCUGCUUGCGCAGCAACCAAUCAGGCUGCGCCAGGUGGUAUCUUCAUGGCGCCGCCGCCGUCCAAGAGCUCCCCUGGCCACGGAGGCAUGCCGGCCCUGGACUGGAUGUUCUCUAAAGACACGCGGUUCGUGCAGCCCACGCCUAAGAACGAUAUGGAGGAGCAUGCAGACGAGCACGUGCCUGCCACCCCUGCCGUAUCUGCAGGUGUGCAGCAGCAGCAGCAACAGCAGCAGCAGCAGCAGCCCCCUGCUGUUGUGGUGGCAGCUGCAAUGGAGUUUCUAGCCCAGGCCAUGCCAAGGGUGGGGUCCAGGCAGGUGCUGCCUGGUGCAGGUGCUGACGGGGGUGCGCAGGGCAUGGGCCCGGUUGCUGGUCUGAUGGGUCUGACAAGGUCCAGGAGCAACAUUGAAGCCGUCUUGGCGUUUGUGGAUGCUGAGAUUCAGGCGCGUAAGGGUAGGAUGGGUGAGGCGAAGGAGGAGGCGGGCUUGCCUGCUCAUUUGGUUCCCUCGCCUGUUGUAGAUGUUAGGAAGGAGCGCAAAGCGCAAGAUGCGUUAGACUUGUCACUUCACCUGUAAACAAGUUACAAUGUUUUGGCUGAUAAAACCCCCUAGAAACAACUAAAGGAAAAUACAUUCCAUAAGGCUGUUUGUGGUGGUUGAGUGAUUCGCCUUUCUGAUUCCGCGUUAGUACACAAUCUUGCCAGAUUUUCAGUUGCAAGCA